GGUCGUCGGUCUCUUCACUUACCAUUUUUGAUGCUUCGAUGGCCUAAACUCCCUCUCGACAUCGUCCUACUCUUUUAUUUUAACCGCCAUCCUUCAUUAUCGUAAUCUUCACCCACGCUACUAGAUAGUAGCAAUGAGCACGCUGGGCAGCAUGCUUUCAGACACCUGCGCCUUAUGGAUGCGUUCCAUGAACUCAUGUUUUGGACGGGGGGAUAAGUCCAGCUUACACUCUGAAAAACCCAUCGUCAUCUCGAGGGAUCAGCAGCCUCCAUUCAUUCCGCCUCUGUAUGCCGAUCUAGUCUUCUCAAAUGAAAGGCCAUUAGAACAGACACUUGAGGGUCAGAGGGGAAGGUCGAGGUCUAUCAAAGGGGCUAGGUCCUCGCGUGGCGGUUCCGUCUCUAGAUCUAGGGCAAGGUGGUUGUCGAGAUCAUCAUCUCGCCCACGACAACGGCCGCAAAUAUCAGCCCCCACGAACUUUCGUCAUGUACAUUCCGAGUCGGCUUUUCACUUCCCUAGUCCUGAUGACCACCUUUCACAACAAUGCCUACUACCGCAGCCACAGCCACAACUACAACAACAGGAACAGCAGCAGCAGCAGCAACCGAGAAGGUCAAGGCCGCCAUCUUUUCACCCCCUCGAGCUGAGCGUUCGAGCCUCGCCAUUACUACCUCACUUUGUCGCCGACGAGAAUGAGACCACAAGCCGUAUCACCCCUCCACCGCCAGCACAUAUUGUCGAGAACAGCAACAUCACGCAGUGGGACAUUAGCAGUGCAACCAUGGGUCCCAAUGAUGUGGAUUAUCCCACCUCGUUUCAUCUUACACGUCGUGCAGUUGGACAGGUCCAACAAUCGUCGACCAAUAGCCAGUUCCCACCAGGAAUUCCGCCAAAGUCCAGAGCCCGAGCUUACACCGCGCCCAGCACCGAGAUCAUGUUGGAAAGGAUAGCAAGUGCGAUGCUCGAGAAGGAGAAGUUGCAGGCUGAGAUCGACGAGCUUGUUGAGCGGCAAAGUGUAUAUAAGGGCAGCAGGCCCGGCACUCCUGUCGGUUACAGUGCGAGUGAGUCAAUGCCCAUGUUCGAUGUUCCCGCUAUUCCAGCUGCUGCACCAUCCUUCGCCGAACGUGUCAGCUACGACGAGCGUAGACCGAAAACUGCGCCCUCGAGCAGUCAACCCCAGGGGCCCGGGAUGUUCUCAGCUAUGAAUGGUGGAAGUGCUACACCGGACGGAACUACACUUGCUUUGGCGGCGGCAGCGUUCAACUCCCACCCACCCAUGAUCAACUUCGCCCACCACUGGUACGGCCAACACGGAUUUGACCAAGCAGCGAAUGGAGACCGGGAAUCGUCUCCCACCUCAACCGUAAAAGCAAACGAGUCCCGCAGCCGAACCUCCAGGCCCGCCCCGCCGCAAAGAAUCAUCACCUCAGAAUUCGAUCGCCCCCUCGCUCCUCCGCUCCCGCUCGUUCUCCGCCCACCCCUCCGAAAGAAGAAGUCCUUCUCCCGCGUCUCCAACUGGCUCUUCCCGGGCGGUGGUGGCUCUACAGUUUCCGACCACUCCAGCAGCAGUCCCACUGACACAUACCACAGCCACAGCAAACGACAGGACAGCAUAAGCAAGGAUUCAAUCACCAAUGUUCCGAGGCCGAUUAAGGAAAACGAGGGGUAUUAUCAGUGCUUUUCUCCGUCGCAGGGCAACCAAUACCAACAAGCUCAGCAGCAGCAGGACAACAAGCAUAAUAACAACAACCACAGCGACACAGUAUCCACAUCCUCCCUCUCCUCAUGGCGAUCCGAAGAAGAAGAAGUGCCCACCACCACUUGGUCGCUAGGCAGCAGUCCAGUGCGCCAGACGCCCGGGCAAACGCCUAAGCAGACUCCGGUGUUGAGCGCUGAUGAGGCUAGUUUUGCUGUGUCUGCUGCUUUUGGUGCACAGUCUACUGCACCAACAAUCAAAGUUCAAGGGGGAGGGGAAGGAGCAGUUAAUGGCAGCAGUUUUAGGGGUGCAGGUGCAGGUGCUGGUGAAGGUGAAAGAGAAGGAGCGACAGAAGGAGAUACCGGGACAUGUGUAACGAUUACGGGACUAAAGAUACCCGAGCAUAGGAAUGGACACCGGCCGCAGAGCGUGGGUGUCGCAUUUUGAGUGCGAAUAACGAAACAAACCGCUUUCCCGUUCUUCAUCCUUACUGGUAUUUUUUUUAUUUUUUUGGAUGCAUCAUUACAUUAUCUUUUUCACGCUUGGCGGUCCGCUGAU